GUCAUCAAGGCCAACGACACCAUUGAGCUGAUGAGGGAAGGUGGAAACGUGGAAGUGGCAGGAGAAGCACUUCACAGUGGGGACUUCCUUCGCGUGAAAAUCAUUUUGCGCAAUCGCAGGUCCGGCGAAGUGAAGCUGCGAGGACAUCGUCUGAAGAGAACCAAAUACCAUGGGCCAAUUUUCAAAUGGAAAUUAAAUGAGCUCGCCAUGAUCCUUCACAUCUCCGAAGACGACCCACGCUCCGCGCUGAUCCAAGGACUCGAAGAUGUCACUGUCCAAGACGUCUACCGGAAGCGUGAAUGCAUACUAACAGCAAAACCGUAUCCAAUGCUCAAUUGGAACGAAUGCCCCAUGUACCUGAGAGGUAAUCCCGAAACUAUGACCAAGGAGCAAGUAAAAAAUCACGUCUUUCAUAAAGGUCGGUUAGUAUGUCGAUGGAUUCACAUUAUGGUAGUCCAGAAGUCAGGUAAAAGCUACGCUGGCGUGGUCCGAAGCAUGUACAGUCAUGAAUCAGACGACCAUCAAAAGCAACAAUCAUCCCCGGCAACAGUCUCACGAGGAUCGUCCCAAGAGUCUCCAAUUGUCCUCAACAUUGACAGCAAGGAUGAGGGAUCCGUCAAAACUGACGAUAAAAGCACCCCUCAGAAGCGAACCCACCGCUCACCUUCAAUUGAGUUGCUAGCUGGCACACCGCAAAAGCGGCCUAGGAUGUCGAACAGAACCUAUACAUUCGGCGAUGUCUUUUGUGGGGCAGGGGGUUCCUCUGCUGGAGCUUCAAGGGCAGGCCUAAGUGUGAAAUGGGGCCUAGACAAUGACACUGCGGCCAUGGAAGCAUAUGAAGCGAACUUUCCAGAUGCAUUCAGUCUGCCUAUGAAUGCGCAUGACUUCAAAGACCAGAAACAGUUCUUCAAAGACUUCAUAAAGGUGGAUAUUCUUCACCUUUCACCCCCGUGUUGUUAUUGGUCGCCCGCCCACACUAGAGAAGGCCCCAAAGAUCAAGACAACUAUGAGGCGAUCUAUACAGUUGGUCCGAUACUUGAAGCCGUUAAGCCGCGUAUGGCCACGCUUGAGCAGACAUCCGGACUUGUCACUUCAAAAGAGCACAUUAAAAACUUCAAACUGCUCAUAAACGACAUGAUUGUAGCAGGCUACGAUGUCCGUUACGGCAUCCAUGACAUGGCCGAGUUCGGAUUGCCGCAGCAGAGGAAACGUUUACUUAUCAUGGCUGCUAGAAGAGGAACCCCGCUUCCUCCAUUCCCAGUACCGACGCAUGGCCCACCAGAAAGCGGUCUCAAACCUUGGAGCUCCGUCCACGACGCCCUGUUCCCGCUCCGCAACCUACCUUCCAACGCCUUCGACGAAUACCACCAACCUUACAAGCUCAAACCAAUCUCGAGGCACCCAUACGACCCUGCUACUAAGGUGCUGGGCUGCAUCACGACAGGUGGUACGGAGAACUACCACUUCUCAGGGAGGCGCAACUUCACGGCGAGAGAGCUCUCACUGUUCCAGUCCUUCCCUAUGGGAUACGUGUUCUCUGGAUCGCAGACCCAGGCGAAGAAGCAGAUUGGCAAUGCUUUUCCGCCGCUGAUGGCUGAGGCGAUGUACCGGAGUGUUGCGCAGACACUCGAAGCGUUUGAUCAUGGGCUGAUUGGCGCGGAAGACGACAUACAGGAUCUGCUGGGUCUUCUUGCAGAGAGGGGCGUUGAGCUUCCAGAGCGAGUAUGUGGUGAAGGAGAAAGACGUGUAAGGGGGUUCUACCCAGGGCCUAGGGGGACGAACCCGCCCUACAAAUAUCUUUUUAAACGUGCUACGAUGGGCAGCGGUGCCAACACGCCAACGAGGUCGCGAGCUCUGUUUGGCCGUGGUUACAUCAUCGAGCCGAAGAAGAGGCCGUCUGCUCAGGUCGUGAUCGAUGAGGAUGAAGACGACGAAGAUUUCGUUGAGAUUGAGUCGCCCAGUACUUCUCGUGUUCGACCGAGCAGCUCCGUGACAGUCGAUCGAAGGUCCACUAUGGCGUGGAGAAAUGGAGAGGUGUUAGAGCUUUCUGACUAG